AUGGAUGUCUCUAUAGCAGUGCCAUGUUGGUUAUUCUUGAUGACCGCAUUAUUUGGGAUUUUUGGCAACUCGAAUAUUAUAUGGGCGUCAUUCCGAAGCCGGUAAGCAAAUUAAUAGUAAGUUCAAGCGAUUCCGCUAGAAAUAGCUUGUUCGAAGUGCAUUUUUUAGCUCUUGUUGUGUACUUUUGCACACAAAGACGGUCUAGGCCAUAGAAAUUCCUAAAAAUCUUACAGGUAAUAAACUUUAGCUCGGCAGAAAGAUAUUGAAUUUUCACCAAUUACUCAGCGCUUGCACUGUCAUUGCAAUUUUCAGCCAGCUCCGGUCAGCAUGCAGUAUUUUUAUUGCUGUGAAUGCCCUAGCCGACAUAGCUCACCAAUGUGGGCAUUUUGUUUUGGCGUACUUUUUGGUUAUGGAGGAUGGCCAGGCAACUAACUUUGUAUGUUACUUGGCACAAGCCAUUCCUCUGUACGGCUGCACGAUGGGAAGCUUGAUGUUGUUGUUCAUAUCAACGGACCGACUGCUUAGAAUGGCCACCACUACAGCGUAUGUUAUCUUUUGCCUUCUGCGAAGAAGCAAACUACAUUGGUGUCUUAUUUUAGUUAUAACCGAAUUUGCAACAAGUACUACAUCGCAAUUGUCAUAACCGUAACAUGCGUUACUCCUCUUAUCAUAGCCUGGGAAGGAUAUACGGUGAUGAUGACCAUGCCGGAUAACAUGAUAAUCUGCGCAGUCCCCCACGGCUAUGUUGGAAGGGCUUCAACUGAUUUCCUGCGCUUUAACAGCUUUCUCAACAUCACAACACUGGUGAUUUAUGCCGUUGUUUAUGCAGUGGCAAAGAGACGGAAGUUUAAAGAUCCACGAAAAAUCCUCCGGUCAAUAACUACAGUAACCAUAUGUGUUGUUUGCGGAUGGAUGUUAACGAUGACGGUUGGAGUGGCAUUCAUGAUUGUUCUCGGAAAUGAAAAUGUCCCAGUGAUGGUGCCGCUAUACGUCGGGCUGUUUGUCAACAUAAGCAUGGGAAUGAGCUAUGUUAUCUUCUUUGCGAUGAAGUAAGAACGUUUGGUGACUUUUCAUACAAGAGUUUGGUUUCCGCUUUUAUAGUAUUCCUUGGUUGCUGUAAACUGUAUGAUUUCAGUCGGAACUAUCGCAAUGCUUUCAUCGAGCAGUUGCAAAUCUUGUCGUGCGGAGAGUGCAAAGGAUUGGCAAAGAUAAGGCCAGAGGUUGCUUACACAUGCAGUCAUGACUACUGUAGAAAAAAGGUGAAUAAAUAG